AUGGCAACAACAUUAUUUUCAUUGUUCGAUUUGUUAGCAUCAAGAUUCAGAAAUGAAAAUGAAGAAGGCGGCGAAGGUGGCGAAGAAGGUGAAAAUUCAAGCGCUUUAUCAAUUCAAAUUUCAGAUAGUGAGCCACACUCACAACCAAGAUCAAGAUCUCAUACAGAGGUCUCAAGAAAUUCUAAUAUACCUAUAAGACCACAAAGAUCACCAGUUCCAACAAGACAAAAUAGAUCACAUACAACUGUAUUAGUUGGUGAUGGUACAAAUUUACCACCAACAGACUCAAAUUUUUUAGGUGCAAACCCACCCAUUUCAAGACAACAAAGAAGAUCAUCUCAAUUACGUCCACAAACUAGCAGAGAUCCAAAUCAAAGAAGAUCCGUCCAAUUACGUCCACAGGCUAGUAGAGAUCCUAAUAACAAUGUAAAUAAUAAUAAUAAUGAUAUAAAUAAAAUUGAUGAUAGUACACCUAAUGGACCAUCACCAAUACCAAAUUUCAAUGCAUCAAAUGAUCUAGUUCAUUCAGCAUAUCAAACAGGCACUAUUUUAAAUACCCCAUCAAUUAUUGUUGGAGAUUCACAAGAUCAAAUGAAUAAAAACGAAAACGAUAUGGAAGAAUCUUCUUUUGACAUGGUCAUUCAGCUAUGCUAUCGGUAUGUUGUGAAUCUACUGGUUGUCGUUUUAUCGGAUACCCCAUCAUCAACAUGGCCACAUGGGCAAUCAUCACCAUUCAAUCAGUCGUACGUUUUAAAUACUCUUUAUGAUGUCCCAUACUUUUUAUUAUUAACAUUUUUUGGGUUCAGAAUGACAAUUGUUCCAUUAUUUAUAUGUUUGGGAGCCUCUGCUGGUGCGUCAGCAUGGGCAAUUUUUAACACUGUACACGAAGUACUCGAUCAAACCCUAUCGCUUUUACCAUCAUAUGGAUUUUUCGUCAUUGCUCUUGUUGCUUCAUCUCAUUAUAUGGGAAGAAAAAUAAACAAUCCUAAAUUCAGACAUCUUUUUAUGGGUCAAUUCGUUUUAGCCGCUAUUAUUUUAGUUAUCUACGAUUUCUUAUUAUUGCCAUGGUACACCAAAACAAACUCUAUCAAUAAAUCAGUUGUACGUAUUUUAAUUCAUCCAGGUCUCUGCGCCACCGGUUUGUUUAUUGCCCGUUCAUGUUCAUCACGUAUCAAACCUUUGAUUCCUGGCACAAACGUUUUUCCAGUAUUAAUUUUCAUGUGGUUUUCAACAUAUUAUGGUAGAUUUUUUAAUUCUAAUAUGUCUUUAUUAUUCAUGUCUGGUACUAUGGCAAUUGUAAGUUUAACAGAGUUGGUUUGGAGAACUACUUUGAGACCAAGAGACAAGAAAAUUAUGAAUGCCAUUUGUGGUUUUUGCUUCAAAAAAGAAUUAAAACAUACCAAAGAUUUUGACAAGAUUUACAGAGAUUUCCUUAGACAUGAACAACUUUAUGAAAAUACUUCAAUUUUAACUUCAUGUAUGGUCUAUGUUGCUUUCUAUAAUGUAUUUGAUAAAAAGAAUUUAGAUUACACAAUUUUAUUUGCAAGUAUGGGAAUUCAAUUUAGUUUUGAAUGGAUCACCGAUAUUAUUUCAAUGUACAUCGAAACUAGAGUCUACAGAAUAGAGGCAUUACAUUGGAACAACCCACCAAAAUAUUUUUAUUUUAUGUUGGUCUAUACAUUUUUCCUUGGUAUGUCUUAUUCAACUUCUAGAAUUAUUUUAUUGGGUGAAGAUAGAUGGUUUAAUCACUAA